AUGCUUCUGGAGAAAGGGAGCCGGCUACGCCUUCUGGAAAGCCUUCGGUACCGGGUUCGAGACGCACAGCUGUGGUCUCAGCUCUCACUCUUUCCAUCGCUAGAGAUCUCAGAAGCCAGCAGAUUAUCUAAUCUCAAACCGGACUUUUCGAUACGUCUUGGCCCGGACAAGGCAUCUCCAAGUUCAGCUUCCCAGCCUCGCGUUUGGUUGCCAAAAGAUAUUAAUAUCCGUCACCCAAAUAGUCUGCCUAAUGCCGAACUUGCCAGACUGCAAAUUUGUCUCGGCUUUCAUAUGAUCCCUGGGGAACAUAUGGCAACGGUGAAAAGGGUGAGAGGUGUACCUGUUGUGAAUGAGCAUGUCGAUAUCAUGCUACUAGAUCAAACUCCGGCCGGCUUUGGAAAUACUCACCUCCACGAGUUUCAGGGAAUUGUUGAAAGACCUAAUCGGGACCUGCCAGAGCCUAUAUCGAGAUGUUUCGAAACCUUGGAAUCAGAUAAUAUCACGCGUGGUUCCGUUCCCUUCGGGCAGUCCUCCACUCCUCUUCAGUCCCAGAGUCGACACAGAGAUUCAGAAGGACAGGAUGAUAUGUUGUUGUCAACUAGUUGGAAAAAUUCCUUGAAAGAAAUAAUCGAACCACCAGAAGAAGAUAUGCUUCUAUCGCAAUGGAGUAGUAGCACACCUUCACUUGGAUCCCAGUCAACUUUGGUCUCAGACCUGUCGCCUUGGCCACCCCCUUCCUCUCUGAAGCGGGCGGCAUCGGAACUCCAAAUACUCAAUCGGGUCGAAACACCCCCGAGUUUAGAUGUUUCUUCGGCGUACAAGCUUACGGAGGCUGCAAUGCAGAUAUUAAUCUCAGGCUAUGACUCUCACCGUCUCCGAGUCGGAGACAUGAAAAUUGACGGACCUCUCCCCGAGAAGUCUCUCUCAAAGCUCGCUCCCGUGAUAUUCAGCCCUGGCUUCAGAGAUUCAAUGGCAAAUAAUGUUCGUUUCAUCCCGACGAUCUCUCAAGCAAUAUCCUCUACCUUGCUACGAAACGUGCAGUCCCCAAGCCUGCGGAAGAAAUUGAUUGGGUUGGCGAAUUUAGCAACUUCAACCCCUCAAAAACAAAAUAUGGGCCCGGCAUACGAAGCUAGCGGGUGCCUUGCGGCUGUAGCGCAAGCAAGGUUAUGGAGCAUGAUGCAGAGGAAAUUAUACGACCCUUCCGAGUCGAAAAAACUGUCUUGGAAGACUUCCUACUCGGCUGAUCAAGCCACGGCAAUAGAAUGCGAGGACCAGCAACCAUUCGAAGACCUUUUGGUGCAGGUGAGGGACGAAAAUGGUCAAGCUACAGAAGAUUUGUUUAAGGGAGACCCGGAAGAGUUAAUAGAAGGAGAGUUUAGUGAUAUAGGUGAUGACUUUGAGGAUCUCCUUGAUGACAUUGGUGACGAUGAUGAUGAGCUACUAGAAUAUUUAGACAAGAUCGAGACGGGGCGAAUGAAGGCCAGGGAGGAUGCAGCUGAGACAUCCUUUGACAGCAGCUUCAAAAAGAAGGCCAGUAUAUUAUUGUUUGCGCACGAGACCGCAGAUGAAUUCAUGCUUGUAUGA